UUUUAUUUGCGUACACGUUAGCGUGUACCUAGACACAGCGUUUUAAAUAACUAUCAGCCAUGUGUGGUCUUCCCAUAAAAAUUGGGCCUUCUUCUUCUAAGUUUGGCAGUUUUGUUUAACUUAUUUCCAGAAUACCUUCGAAUUUAAAUGCUAUUGAUACUUGAAAACCAAUUAGUAAUAUUUGCAACAUCAUAUUUCUCCUAAACUAGAUCUUUUUUAAUAUGAAAUGUAUUUUCAAACUCCACCUCUUUUCCAAUGUAACCCCUCUACUAACAAUGUGAAGUUGGCUAUAUUUCCAUUUCCAAAUUUUUAACUCAACUCAAAGAGUUCCAUUUUUUAACUGUUUACUGUGGAAGUGGAAGUUAUUUGUAUUUACUGUUUCCAUAGGAUGUUAUACAAUUAGUUUGGUUAAAAAUUAUGAAAUUAAAAAAUAUAUUAUCAUGGUAAAAGUUUUAGGUUAAUUUGUCCACAAUAAUAUUACCUAAAGGAAAAUGUUUCCCAUACUUUACAAUGAGCAUGUUAUAUAUUCAAUAGAUGAGUUUCAAGAUCUGUGCCGUACGUGCCUCAAAAACCGUGGACUCAUUAACCUUUUUACUGUUAAACAUCAAGAUGUAUUGCUUAAAGACAUGUUUCCAACCUUUUCCUUGCCCAAGGUGGAUGCAGAAGACAGGUUUCCACAAAAAGUAUGUCAGCACUGUUUACGUCUUCUAUUAGAGAUAUACUCUUUUAGACAAGUUGCUUUUUUUUCUGAAUCACUAAUGACUAAGGUCUUUGAUCAAGAAGCACUCGAUACUGAGUCAAAAAUGGGUGUAUUAUCAGAUACAGAAAAUGAUGAAGUAAAAGAGAAUACCUCACAAAAUAUAUCUGGUCUGUCUCCUGAACCUAUGGCUUCAACCUCAAAAUAUACCAACGUAACAGCAGGUACAUCAACAAAUAUGCUUAAUACAUCUUCAGAAUCUAUGCCGUCAACCUCAAAAUAUACCAGAGUAAUAACAGGUACCUCAAACAAUAUAUCUUACCAAUCUGCAGCACCCACGCAUUCAAUCUCAAAACGUACCGAAGUAGCAGCAGAUACCUCAACAGAAAUGCUUAGUAUGUUUCGAGAACCUAUGCCCUCAACCUCAAUAAAUUCCGGAGUAACAGCGUGUAAUGUGGAAGAUAAUGAUAACGAUGGUAUGGUCAACAACAACGUAAAUUAUGUUUAUGUAUCUCCCGAAGAAUUUCAAUCCCUUCUGAUGGCGAGUGGGCAAUAUAAUGUUAAUAACAAUAUGGAAUAUGUUUCGGUUAACGCUCAGGUAUUUACGCCAGGACAAUAUGUUGCAUAUAAUCAACGUGAAAAUGACCACGUUGGCAACAAAGAUGCCGCGUUUGACCAACAAGAAACAGAGACGAUUACCUUAGAGUACGAAAGUGAAAGUGAUAUUGAAAACACGCCAUUAGUAUUAAAUAAUAAUAAUAACGAUUUGGAGAAAACAGAGGAACAAACUGAAAUAAGUAAUAUUCAAUCUGUAACUGAAUCUUCUAAGAUACAGUGCUCUAAGCGUGUGUUAAAAGGAAAAAGGAUAAUACGGGUCGCAAAACCGAAAAGAAAUUCUGAUUAUAAAAGUGGUUUUUGAUUACAUAUUUAGGGGAAUCUGGCCUGAAAUGACCUUUAACAAAACCUCUUAAAAAUCUUUGAUUAUUUAGCAUUAAUAUGUCGUUUUAGGCAUAUACUAGCGUAAAAUGACAGGUGUUGUUUGUAUAGAAAAUGUUUAGCCGUUGUAUGUUUUAGUAGAUUAAAAGAUUUCCCGAC